UAUUCAUCUUCAACAUGAAGAAAGCCGCCAUCACCAUUCACCAAUACACGAAAUAAGGCGGCAGAAGCCACGUGGCGGAAUCCUGUUCGCCGCAACGACGCAUGCAGCAUUUUAUAGUACUCCAUAUUUUAAAAUUAAAUCACUGAAAAUAGUUUUCUUCUACAAAAACCUCGAGCUGAUCUACGCGCCACCGCCAUAUGCAAUUUCCGCGCCACCGCUCAUCGCCGCCAUGGACGGCGGAGGGAAGUCAGCGGAGAGACUCAUGAGAACUCUACUAGAUCGCUUCGAGAGCCUGGAGGCGAGCCACGAGAAGCUAAAGGAGCAGUUCGAAGUGGUCGUGCACGAGAAGGGUAUAGAGAGGGAGGAAGCGUCGCGGUAUCCUGGAUGGGGAGACAUGCCGCGGGCAUGCUUUGCUGAGAGCCCGUACAGGAGGGUGUUGGAGUACAUGGGUCAUGCGCUCCACGUCACCAGAGUUGGCUCCGGCGAGAUCAUUUAUUGGAAUAUCGCAGCUGAAAAACUCUUUGGGUAUAAAGACUAUGAAGUAUUAGGACAGGGAGCUGUUGAACUACUUUUUGAUGAAGAGCAUCAUAAUCUAGUUCUGGGAAUCAUGGAGAGGGUGAGAUUUGGAGAAUCUUGGUCAGGGCAACUCCCUCUCCGGAAGCGAUCUGGUCAAUGUUUCAUCGCACUAGUUACACAGAGCCCGCUGUAUGAGGAUGGUGAGCUCACCGGAAUAGUUACUGUAUCAAGUGAUGCUGCUGUGUUUAAUAAAACAAACUCGGGGAAUAUGAGAGCGCGUCAAGAUAAUGCUAAUGAACAAUCUAAAUUUCGUAGAAUAAAUUUGAAGAACAUCCAAUGCCAGCAGCGGCAACAAAUUGCAGGAGUGCCCAACCUUGCGUCUUCUGUUUCGAAUUUGUCCUCUAAAAUUUUGUCUCGGACACGAGGCAAUGUCUCCUCAACCUUUGAGACAAGUGGAAGUGCAAGAGACAACGAGGAUGCUGAAGCAGAAAGUAACGAGAUGAGAGCAGAUAGACCACCAAGAGCCCCUGUUGCUAAGGGCGCUUUCGGGUUUCCCAUUGGGAGGAGUAGAACUGAAGGGUCAUGCUUGGAAAAGGAAGAAACAGCAUCUGAAUUUUCUCAGCCUUCAAAACUUGUUGUUGGAGCCGUCGGCUUCACGAAUAGCAGACUAGAUAUUCCACACAACGUUGAUCCCCAAAUAGCUACCAUCAUAUCGGAAUGUUGGGCAAGCAACCCUGAAGACCGGCCAUCGUUCAAAGACAUGAUCCCAAAACUGGAGAACUUGUUAGUUCAAGCAAGUGGUGGGGGUGUGACAAGAGCAGCUUCCGAGCCUUAACCUUUUCAUCCCCGGCUGACCGGAGCAGCACCUCUGUCCUUGCCCUUAACAGGAGAGGAAUAGUGUUGUUUCAUCAGUAAGUUUUGCUUUAACAUGCUGCUUUUCCCGUUCUGUUCUUUCAUGUAUUUUGGUGGUUCUUCCCCCUUUUAGUUGUAAAGAAGAAUAUGCUAAUCCAAAGUGUACAUUACUAUGAUCAUUUAAACGAGUUAUCAUAAGACUAACAUAUAUAAAUAUCUUUAGUGGUGUUCGAUUUAAUGGAUUA